AAACCCCUUCAUCUUCCCAAACUUUCCUUGCGUGAUACUCUUGAGAGAACAACAAUGGCGAAGACCCUUCCUUCGGAGAUCAUCACGAAAAUUCUCACCCGUCUAGCCGUGAAGGAUCUCCUGCGCUACAGAGGCGUCUCCAAGCCCUGGUGCUCCCUCAUCGACGGCCCUGAUUUCAUCAAGCUCCACCUCGAUCACUCCAAGAGAACCAACACCAACCUCAACGCCGUUCUUUUCAGAGACAACAACCUCGCCUGGGUCGAUCUCGACGCGCUCAGCCCCGCCGUCAAGCUCAAUCACCCAAUCGACGACGAUCGCCGGGUCGAUGUCAUGGGCUCUUGCAACGGCUUACUCGCUCUCUCGAACUCCAGCAACGACAUCGUUUUCUGGAAUCCGUCCACAAAAAGGUACAAGAAGCUUCCAAUUUCCAACGUUAACGUUAAUGUCUCAACGUCCUCUGCUCGAAAUCUUGAUUUUUACGGAUUUGGACAUGACCCUGUUACUGAUGACUACAAGUUGGUAAAGAUAACAUUUUUAGCUGGAAAUCCUUUCGACUCUGAGGUUAAGGUUUAUAGUGCAAAAGCCAAUUCCUGGAAGAGAAUUAAUAAAGCUUUCCCUUAUUUCAUUGAUCUCAAGACGCAGUACGGCGUUUAUGCCAGUAAUGCUUUGCAUUGGUUUGUCGCCGGAAAGUAUCCGUCCCAUAUCCCGGAGUUAGUUGUUGCGAUUGAUCUUGUGACCGGGGAGUACCGCGAGAUUCCGUUGCCUGAGUACGACAAGGCUGAUAAUAGUGUUUUUAUGUUUUUGGACGGUUUGGGAGGGUCACUUUGUUUGACUUGUAACUAUGUGAAGAAGACGGUCUCGUCGUACCGUGUUGAUAUCUGGGUGAUGAAGGAAUACGGGGUUAGGGAUUCUUGGACUAAGAUGUUUACUGUGAAGCCCUCUAAGGCGAUCGGAACUUUCCUUUUUGUGACUCCUGUUGCGUAUUUGAAGAGCGGGGAGCAAGUUAUUUUGAAUCAAGAGUGUGAAAGAUUCAUAACGUAUGAUCUGCAAAGGAAAAAGGCUAAGAAUUUGAGAAUUUCGGGGCUUCCUGAACGCUUCAGAGCACAAGCAUGUGUUGGAAGCCUCGUUGGACUUAAUGGUGGUUGGGAUGGGGAAAAUGAAAGUGGGAAGAAGAAGAAUACUGAUAAGAUGCAAGGGAACAAGAAGAAAGACCUUAAUAGGAAGCAAAGGGAUGAUUUCCUAUCGAAAGGAUUUAAGUUGGUGUUAUAGAUUACACUGAGAAAGGCUUAAGGAGUUAAGGCUCAGGUGGAGAGUUCAAAUUUUACCUUGUUCUCAUUGGCUCAUCUUUGUUUCUUGUCUAGCUUCUUGUUCCUCACCAUAUAUUAUGUAUAUGAGCUAGUGUUUCGACUUAAUUCUAGUUCUUGAGACUUUAUUUUGGCCUUUGCUAACUUCGACACUCGUAAGUGAUAGUACUGCCAUAUUGGUGAAUUUUGGAUGUGCUUUCCGGCUGAUUAUGGAAGGACAUUGGCCUGGGUGCUGAAGCAGUAGCGCGAAAAUGAAGAAUUGUGUAGAAUGUAACAUAUAAAACUUAUUUUGGGACUUAUAUCGAAGGGGCGUGCUCUGACAUUAGUUUUUGAAGGAACAAAAAGGUUUUGUAGCUAAAUAUAAUUUGCCAUGCAUGUUUUCCAGGACUUUGGUCUGGUAAUCUGGUCUUUAAAGGAUCAUGUUACCAUGCUCAUAUGUUACUUGUGAAGU